AUGACACUGUCUGUGGUAGGAAAGCAUGCCAUUAUCACAGGUGGUGGCUCAGGGAUCAAUCUUGCAUUUGCAAAGAAGCUCCUCUCUCGCGGAUGUUCCGUCUUAAUCGGUGACUUGGGCCUUCAGCCAGAAGCCCAGGAGCUUCUGAAGCAAUAUCCACACGAGCCAUCGAAGCCGCCAUCUGCUUCCAGGCCGGCUGCACUGUUCAAGAAGACGGAUGUGAGAUCUUGGCCACAGCUCACAGAAUUGACUAGGACAGCCGAGGCAGCUUUCCCACAAGUCGACAUUGUCGUACCAGGCGCCGGAAUCUUCGAUCCCAAAUGGAGUUCUUUCUGGGAGCCGCCAAAGUCCGCAACAAAUCCAGAUAGCCCAUCAAGAGACGACGCGCAUGGCGAUCCGGGUCAUUAUGCCGUGAUCGAUGUUAAUUUGGUACACCCCAUACGGCUGAGCCAGCUCGCCAUUGCACAUUGGACCUCGCGGCGAAUUCCGGGCUCGCUACUCGUAGUCGGCAGCAUGGCUGGAUAUCUAUACGGCCUCGGGACGCCUUUGUAUUUUGCUAGUAAACAUGGCGUCCACGGGUUCGUUCGAAGUCUCGGUUAUUUACGAGAAACGGCUGGUAUUCGAACGGCGGCGAUUGCGCCAGGCGCUGUAAAUACACCACUUUUAACCGACGACCCAGAAAGAAGAAGCGCGUUAAGGCAAGACUUGGCAGCAAGCCCUGAGGAUAUUGCUGACGCCAUGUUGGAAAUGCUGGAGGAUCCUCAAUAUGGUGAUGGGACGAUAUUCGAGGCGACGGCUGAGGGGACGAGGGUUGUGCCCGCGUUCAACGCCCCUAUGCCAGAGUUCAAGGAUGGAGCUAUAGCAACGUACAUGGUUGAAGUAGAGAGGCGAUUGAUAAAGAAGAUUACGGAGGAAGGCCUCAAGGUUUGA